CUAUAUAAUACCGAAUUAGCGGUAUGUUAAGAACUUGCACUAUCCUCCUUGUCCAUUCAUAAUAAUAACCUUCUCACACUUUAACCAUAGUUACUUUGAGAUGAAUUAAAGUAUAUUAAGUUUUUUGUUAUAUUGAGGCUAUGUUCUGAAAUUGGCAUUGAUUGUUAUCAAUGGCAGUAGUAUGGCACCAAGUUGUAUUCGCUUUAGAUGCUAAAUACAAUGCCGUGCGAGCUAAAAACAAUCCGAAUUUUCGUAAUUAUUACUUUUGAAAUUGAUGCCUUUGUAAUUUUUUAUCCACUUGUUACUCUUUGGUCUUUUUAUGCAGGUACUCUUUACAUAAGAAGGAGGAAUCAAUUACUACUUGAAUUUGGGACAUGUAAGGAACAUGGAUUUUGGAAAGAGUAUUUGAAAAUAAGAGGUCUUAUUUUACAAAAUCGUUAUGGUCUAGCUAUUGACCAGAUUAGUUUGAGGAGGCAAAGCAUUAACAGGGCCAGUCCAGAUAAUGCAAUAUCUUUACAAGAAUGGGAUGAUAAAUCUAUUGCUAGUAAAGAUGAUAUUCUUACACCCACAAAGGAAGCAGAAGCAUCCAGAGCAAUAGUUGGUAACAGCAGUAUAUCUGAAAAUUAUGCAUUUGCUGGUGUUCAUCAUAUUUUUGACCAGCAUACUGCUGCAGUGACAAUGGUAAAAUUUGCUAAUAAUGAUCGUGCUCGACUGUGUUGUAUUUCUAAUGAUUCCACUGUCUCUAUUUGUAAUGUUUUAACACAACCACCAAUGCUAGAGUGUAUAUUGAGGGGCCAUACUCUUUCUGUUACUGGAUGUGAUUGGUCUGCUUCAAAUGAUAUGCUUGUUACCAGCUCACUUGAUGGCCAGAUAUGCCUAUGGAAUACAACAAAUGGGAUUUGCAUCAGGGCGGUCAGAGAUAUUGUACCAUCACAACUUUUUUCUUGCCUCUUCAAUCCUGUUAAUAACAACUUUGUUGUUGCUGGCAAUGCAAAAGGACAAGUCGAAGUCCUGAACAUAUCUACAGGCAAAAAGAAUUCUAAUGUCAUGGGAGGAAGAGUUCUUUCUUUGGCUUUUGAUUCAACUGGGAGUCUACUGUGGGCUGGGAACGAUGAGGGUAUAAUCAUGUCUUUUUUAUUUGAUAUCAAAAGUGGAAAAAUGACAAAGCGCCGAAGGAUGUUCCUUGGGAACAAUGCUUCUAUUACUAGCAUCAAUUAUAGAGCAUGGAUUAAUAGGGAAAGUCGAGACCCAUCCUUGCUUAUAAACAUUUCUGCUAAUUCUGUAAGGGUGUAUAGAGUCAUUGAAAAGGAUGGUUCACUUUCAUUGAGGAGAAGUUUCUUUGUAAAACAUCAAUACUAUAAUAACUUCAUCCACUCAUCAUUUUGCCCGAUUAUGUCUUUUAGGCAAGGCGCUUGUAUAGUUACUGGCAGUGAAGACUCUUGUGUUUAUUUUAUCGAUAUAGAAUGUGAUAAAGAGAACAAGAGAGCUGUUAUUAAUAAACUUCAAGGACAUUCCAGUCCCGUGCUUGGGGUCAGCUUCAAUUAUGAUGAAAGUUUAUUAAGUACUAGUGAUCAGCAGGGGCUUGUUAUAAUAUGGACCAGAUCUUCUAAUAUUCAGUCAUAAUAUUAUUGUUGUCUUUUAUAUGUAGUAUAUGUCCAUAUUUAUUUUUGAAAUUGUACAUAAGAAAUACAUUUUAUUUUUGUUUUAUUAUU